AGGUCAUCUUAUUCACAAGACGAGAUUACUCCUCCUGACAAGUGGGAAAUUCUGCCUGAGCAAAUAGAGUUUGAGGAAGAGCUGGGGAGAGGAGAAUUCGGUGUUGUUUACAAAGCAAAAUUUAGACAGAGAGAUGAGAUGGAGGUGUUAGACAAUGCGGAGACUUCAAAAUGGCCUGUAUUAUCCGCAAAGAAAGAAGCACAGGUGGUGGCUGUCAAAGUUUUACAUGGUAAGAAGUACUGACUGUUAUCUCCAUAGACAAAGGCAUAAAGUCUUAACUGCCUUUCAGUUCUCUUCAAAUUACUGUAAGAACCCUUUUGGUUUUAAGUUACUCUCUGGGAACUUUAAGAUCUCAAAGAAAAUUUAGCAGAAAAAAAAAACUCGACCCUUUUCGAAAAAAAAAUUACACUGACCACCUAAAGACAUUACAUUUUUAAAAUCGGGAUUGUCUCUCGUUAGUGAAGAGAACGGCAAAGUUGGAAGUGUAAGUAAUUUGUGGUUUCUUUAUUCACUAUGUAAGUGCGAAAAAAUUAAUUAAGGCUGUUAAGUUCCAAAAAAGUAGGUUUUUAAAGCCUAUUAGCUCUAAACAAAUGCAUCUCUUACGAAUUUACAUUUGCCCAAAACCAAAAAAAAAAAGUAAAUUUAUCUACAGAGCCUGAACUAAAGCCAAUAAUGAAGAUAAAUUUAAAAAAUGCAGCCUCUAGUCAAUACAUGUAUGACAACUCUUUCUGAAGGAUCGGAUGCAUUUGAUGAUUUGUCUCCCCUUUUUGUGAUCCAUGUUGCCCAGGUUACACCGCAAAUCAUUUGAUAAUGAGGAGAAGGAAAAAAAAAUUAUGAAACUGAGCUACGACAUCACCAUGCUGAAGGCUAGACCCAGGGGAUACUCUCUUAUAGAAGCUAUACAAUUGUGAGCGGGGCCGUAGGACAUGGUUGUUGACCCCUUUAUUUAUGAAAUUGGGAAACGAUUCCCAAGAUUUGGGAAAAACAGAAACAGAUAAAACGUGAAACAGGAUUAGGUUUGGCUCUGUCCUGUACCAGGUCUGUAUUUAUUUUAUUGUUGUUUUAUUAUUUAUUUAUUUUUCUAUCUAUCUAUUUUUUCUUUUCUCAUUCGCCUUUUAUGAACAGCGGUUUAGGUAGUGAGGGAAACCACAUAGUCACGAUCAAACCACCACCCGAAUCUUCCAGGAGUACCUCCCGGGGCAGCUGGAGGGUGAGGGGUAAACUAAAAAUAAUAACAAAUGUCUGAAUAUUUCUCGAUAUUCUAUGACACGGUAGAAUACAUCUCUACAUACCCUUGUGCAUUAGAGGAUUAGUGGGAAGCAGUAAAAAUGGACGAAUAUGUUUUUGAAAUGAAAUUUUGCACUGAAUAAUGCUGAAAAAUAACGAUAAUAAAAUCAAUGUCAUUUUAUUUAAUUAUCUUUAGAUAAUCCAUCUGAAGCACAGAAAGCAGAGUUCACGUUUGAGAUUGAACAAAUGAAGCUGUUAGGAUCACAUAAGAACGUUGUAUCCAUGGUUGGAUGCUGCAAGCUUCAGGAGAAAAUGUUCCUGGUUAUAGAAUACGUUCCGUGUGGUGACCUGCUGACGUGGCUACGCCGCAGAAGAAAAAAGGUAAGGACGUGACCAAUUAUACAAUUAGUUUGUAACGAAAUUAUCAAGAAACAGAUAUACAGAGACAACAUUACGAAUAUAUUUUGGUACUAUCAGAACAUUUUGUACAAAUUAUUUAAGCAACUGCGGUUACUUCUUCAAAGUUAUAAAAGUAUUUAAUGAUAACACUAACAAUAAUAAUUAUAUUUUAUUUACUUGCUUAAUGUUUAGAUUAAAGAACUUCAGGCUACCGAGAGAUCUUAUGCUGAAAAAGAGGUUCUGAAAGAUCAGGGAGAGACCAGAGAUCAUGUAGGCUUGUAUAUAAACUGUAGUUUAACUUUCCAUACUAGCUCUGUCCUAAAAUAUUUAUUAUCCAGGGCCCGGUUCCUAGAAAGAUGGUUAAGUUUAACCAUCAAAAGCGAAAGCGAAAUUUUAAGCACGGUUUUCUUGCUACGAGAAUGUAACUCUUGAUUGACUCUUGAAUUGAGCUUUUACUCUGAGACACAGUAAUGAUUUACACAAAAUGUUUCGCUAAAAAAGGCAUCGGAAGGUAAAUACAAAAAGUGGAACAAAAUAUUAAUCCUGGAUUAGCGCUAAUCGGCCUUUCAGGAACCGGGCCCAGAGUGCUUGUUUGUUUUAAGUCUGGUUGACCUAGCUGUCUAUAAAUCUACUCAUCCGAUUGUUGUUGAAUGGUUUGUGAAGUAUUAGAGCAACUGAACACGUGUAUUUCUACAAAGUUUCAGUUCGACAGGGUUCUUCAUUUUUUGACAGAACGCGUUUGAGUAUUCUAAUAUAUUGCGUGACGCGACAAUAAUGGCAACAAAAGCUGUCACGUAACCGUAGGUUAAAGAGUGACAUAUCUUUUUUUUAGAUUUUGCUACCUGGACAGUCCUUGAUUUUUGAAUAAGUAUUAAGUUUAAUGUUUAUGAGCUCUCCAGAGAUGAGCACUCGCUAUAUGGCAAUGUUUCUUUUAGUUUCCGGCCGCCAUAUCUGCGUUCCUCAGAGGGACGCCAACAUGGCUUGCGUCUUAAAAUUUAGGUAACACAUUUCUCCGAAUUCCUCGCAAACGAAAAACCGCAAAGACCUGAAUCUUAGCAAGACUUUUUGCAUAUUCCUUAGAUUCCUGAAUUUAUUCAUUUCCACACAGGUCAGUAAACUUGCUAAGAAACAGAUAAAGCAAGCGGAGAAAAUACAGUUGAGUAUGGAAAUGACCCCAUUACCACAGGAUGACAGCGAAGACACAGCGUCGACUUCUUAUCAUCUCGGUGACGAAGUAUGAAAUAAGUCAGCCAGAGGGCUCAAAGAUUUUAGAUGACGUUCAUUUCUUCUUUAUAUGGAAAAACUGCUUAAUUCAACUUAAACGUGGUUAAGGCUUGUAGCUCAUGAAAAUAAUUCUCGUGUAAUCCUUGUAAUCCUGACUAGUGCAAUUGAUAGAGUGGAUAAUCGAUAAUAAUGGAUAACUCUCGAUAAAGAGCGAUUGUUAAACUGAAAAUCGAUAAAAAUCGAUAGAGGAAAAAGUUUUUGCUAAUCGAUAAUUAUCGACUUUAAUCGAUUUUUUAUCGAGGUUGUCGAUUUUAAUCGGCGCUUACUUACUUAGGUUAACAUUGGCAAAGAACGUUGUUUCCGAACAUACUGUUCAGUUUUUCAGCAAGACCCUUAAAUUGCUUCUUCAAAAAGCAUAUUGGAAAGGAUCAUUUAAAUCGUUCUGUAAAUAUGCAAAACAAAGUAGAUAAUCACUUCCGCAACUAAAUGGAAAGAGAAGUAGUAUGAUCAUAAAACAUGAAAAAAAUGUGAGAGAAAAUCAUGAUUUAAAACAGAAAACAUCUGCAUAUUGCUAAUAUAAUUUGCUGUAAAAUAAUGCAUCAUUGGAUUUUGAACCUGGGAGGCAAUCGAUAAUAUCGUUAAAAUAGUUAAAAACGAUAGCGCUGACAAUUGAUUUUCUGAUAUCGGUUUUUAUCGAUUGCACUAGUCAGGUGUAAUAUGCAAACUUGUCUCUUUAUUUAAUGAUCCGGGAACCAAGAAGCGCCUCUUUAUAAAAGAAUUAGUGAACUAUAAAGACGUUUCCAAAAAAUUAGAGAGAGGUUUGGGGAUCAAGUAGGCUUACUACAAAAUUAAACUUGGUAUUGAAGAUUUUACUGAUCAGGCCUACUAAAGAUCCGGCUGAUCCUCACUGGUUUGUCGUUGUGGUUGUGCCUUCACAAGUGUUUUUUAUACCACAAAACGUAAUCAUGAGUUAAUCGUCAAAUUUGUUUGUUUAGACUAAGUACGUUUUUAAUUACCUAUAUUUUAAAAUUCUCCUUUAUCUUUUUGUCCUGGCAGCUGUAGAUCAUCUAGUUGUUGUUAAACUUUAGUCUUUAAUUCACCGAAAUUCUAAAUGACCAUUGCAUAGGGUAACAACAGAGUGGAAAUUUGAGGUAUACUUAAACGGAUAGAAUACAAGAUUCCACGACUGAUAUUAUAUUAAAGAAUGAUAAUGGUUAAACGGAGUAAAUGGCCAGUACCGGACCAAUAAAUUACGGUUUAUGUUUUGUUUUGUUUUUUUUACAAAGGAAAGUAAACCUGCUAAAGAUGGGACAAAGCGGGAGCAGCAGACGAACGAGAACAUGGAGUUGACUUCGUUAUCAGAAAAAAGCAUUAACGAUGAGGUCCGACAGGACCUGGCGUCGACUCUUCAAGGCCAUCUUGUAUGAAGGAAAUACUUAAAUAUUUUAUUUUAUUUUUCUUAAAUUUAUUUAUCGUUAUCAAAAGAAAGCAAUGAUGAUGUCCGACGGGAUCUGGCGUCGACUUUUUAAGGCCAUCUUGUAGAAAAGAAAUACUUAACAACGCCUUUUUUUUCUUAAAUUUAAUUAUAUUGAACGAGGAUAAGGCAUGCAGACGAUGAGGAAACUUGCUAAAAAUUAAGCAACAAUUUUCUGCGAAAGAGAAAUUCGACAUCUCUUUCUUUAAAUUAUUCUAUUUUACCGUGCUGCAAAAUAAUCUAACGAAAAAAAACUCUAGGAAUCACUUGCUGUGCCACUGACUCCAUACACAAUACCACCCACGAUAUGUUUGAUGUAAAGAGUUUUCAGUUGUAUUUUAAUGUAUCUUUAUUACUGGUGGCGAUGAAAGGUCCUUAGAGCAAUCUUUCUGGGUCACGCCUAUACCAGAAUACGAUCAAUCGAAGCACCCACGCGAAAAAUUCGAUAAAUCUUUGCAGGUAUGGCAAAUGAAUCUACAUGGAUAUUUUGUGAUCUAAGGGACCGGUCAUUAUUUAUCGCCGAGGAGGGAUGGGGGGUUGGACAAUUUUGGGGGUUUUUCUUGAUUUUUGGAAGAACAAAAGGGGGGAUCAGUUGUAACUGAGAACCCAAAAGUGGGGAUCACUGAAAACCUUGGAAGGAUUCAGAGGAGGACCACUCAAAUUUGCUUGGAAAAUGAAGGCAUGGAGGGGGAGGGGGGGGGGGGAUCGCGAAAAACAUCAAAAGUUAUUGGGGGGGAGAUCACUUCAGUGAAGUAACAUUCAAAGGGGGAAUCGGCUAAAUUUCACCUUGUUUAGCCCCAAAUCCUCCCCCCCCCCAGGCGAUAAAUAAUGACCAGUCCCUAAUUUCAAUAUUGUUUUCGCGCACUUUUCAAAAACCCGGGAGAAUCUUCCACCCAGUGGCACCGUCCCGUUUUUGGUGAGAUUCUGGGUACUUAAAUUGAGGCUCAACAAGCAUGACUGCUUUAAGAUGUUUCAUGGUGUUGUAGUCAAUCUUUGAAUCACGUCAUUUGGUUAUUGCACCCAUCCGGAACACCAAGAAACAACCGCUUUUAGUCAUGUUCUUCCUGACAAACCCUUUCAUCGAAAGGACGGGAGGAUUAAUCUGUCUUCCCUUCACGCACAGGAAGGACAGGAAAGCAAAAUUUCGACUAAGGCAAAGGAAAAGAAGACACAAGUAACCAUGGAAAUGGCCUCAUUGCGCCAGGAUGACGUUGCACAGGACAUCGCUUCGGCCACUCACGAUCUGUCUGAUGUAAGAAGGAAGUGUCUUAGGCCACAACAACACAAAUCCGGAUUCGGUGAAACCGAAUACCUCAUUUUUGCGCCAACAUAGAUUCGGAGUGGUGUAUCCGGUUUCACGCAUUCACACGAAUACGCUACUGCGGUUUGCAAUUGCAACUGCACUCGGGCCAGCGGUGUGAUUUCACUGGCCGUACCUCUUUCCCAGUUCCAGUGCUUUAAGGUAACAUUUUAUACACUUCUCAAGUGGGAAUGUCAAAGAGAAAUAACUGGGCUAAGGCCGAUUCAUUCGUCUGGAGCGAAAGUAAACAGAGGGUUGUUGGCCUCUACUUUAAAUUUUUCAAAUUCCCAUUUAAGCCUGGACCCGGGUUUAUGGCGUAGCUGAUUUAAAAAUAUCCGGUUUCAGUCGUCUUCACGAACCCGCCAAACUCGACGGAUCCAAAAAAAUUCACCCUGGAGAGGGGUUUCAAUGCGGUCUCGGUGAGCGGAUUUACCGUUUUCGUGUAGAUGGAAGGCCGACUCGUAUUAAAAAGCGUGCGGUUUCAAAAAUAUCCGGAUUCGUGUAGACGGGGCCUAAGCCUUACACUCUUCCUUUUUUCACGUAACGAAGGGUGUAAUGCAACACCCUUUUCUUUACGUGCGUUGGAUAACGUUAAACGUGACCUUUAAGUUGAAAGAAAACUCGUUACAAGCGACCGUGACUAAGAAGUGGAACAUUGUGGUUUAAUUGCCAACGUUAACACUUUUUUGCCCUAAGAUUGUUGUACUGAAGUCUUGUUAUUGUGCCCGUGAAAUUUCAUCGUUUUUUCAUAGGUACCCCACGCUCACGAGUGAGAAUCAUUCUUGCGUAACAUUUUAUGAAGCUUGCAUGUGGUUUCUAGCGUAUCGCAAUUUGGGGUCACAAAUAGAAAUAUCAGCUCAGUAGUCUGUCUAACCUUGAUUCCAUGAUUUCAUAAUUGAGUUAUGGACGAGAUUGCGUCACAAAUUUAAAUAUUGCUGGUUUACACAUUACGUCAUGAAAACUCAAAGGAAAGAAUUAUCGAUCCUCCUGAGUUCUUACUUUCAUGAAUUAUUGGAGCCGCUAAAAACUAAUAUCCAGAAAAAUUUUCACUGCGAAAAGGUUCUUCCUUUUGUGAUACAGUACGCUUAAAUUUCUAACGCUAAGCUUUUGCGUGAAGCGGCAUUUACAUGGUAGCCUGCGAGCAAACUCUCCGGGCGCUCUGGCGGCGGGGCGGGAAAAGGAAGGAGAGCUUGCUACUACGUCUCUGGAAUUUGAAUUCUACUUCCACUUCGCCUGUGGCUUCCCGUCGACUAUGCUGUCAGAUUUCCGCAUAUCAGCGCGAAGCGGAAACGAACGCGAUUGUAAACAAACAUUGAAAAACACGUGCCAAGGGUAAUGGCGUCAUUACUCAUGUCAUGUCAUCUCCGCCAAUCAGCAUUUUGCAUCGACUUAUUCAUUUCCCAGAGACGUAGCUGCAAGCUCUCCUUCCUUUUGCCGCCCAACCGCCAGAGCGUCCCGGAGAGCUUGCUCGCAGGCUAUUUGCAUGGUGGACGAGAGAGCUGCCAUGAAGGCUGAAAAAGUGACUCUGUUGGGAGGAUUUUGCUAUCUGAGUGGUCAUUGUAUUAAUGUCAAUGUUAAUGAGUUCCUCAAGUGAUGAAUUCACCCUUAAGUAGCACAACUCCGUGACACAUGUUUCUGUCGGUUUCCGGCCACCAUGUUAUAAUUAGUGACCAUCCGGAUGGGCACCAACAUUGCAUUUCCAUAUAAAGGUCUAUAAAUGUAGGUAAAAAAAUUCUCCGAAUUUCUCGCGCAUGAAAAAUUGCACCGACCUGAAUCUUGGCAAGGGCCUUUGUAUAUUUACCUUCUUCAUUUCCCAGACUCUAGACUUUAUCUAUUACACGCUUUUGAUUUUUAUUUUUAAAAGCGUGACAGUGAAAACCUGCAAUAGCGUUACAUUUUUUCUAGAUGUAAAUGUCGUCGCUAUUUUCUUUAAUCAUUUAGCAAAGUUUGGCUGAUGAGUAUGAAGUUAAGGAGGAUCAACAUUCUAUACACCAAGACCAAGAAGACAUUGCAGUGUCUCCGCAAAAAAGCAACAAAGAUGCCGUUCUUGAAGUGAUUCGUUCGUCUUCCACCGAAGUAGAUGUAAGACGAGAACAAAAACACCAUAAUAAUUACUUAUUCACUAAUAAAGAAGAAUUUGCCUCCAGAGCGCCUUAUUUUGCUUACGUUUCACGUUAGAAGGACACAACAUGAUCUUGGUUUUCCUAUGCCACUAAUGUGUUUCGUCGAUGGUGUAGCUUUUCUGCGCUGUCUUGGAUUUACGUUUCAGCGUCUUGUUUUCCUUCUCUUAAGCUGUUUUCAGUUGCUUGCUUGUGACUCCAGACGAUGGCUGUGGGCAUGGAUUUUCAUCCUAGACUUGAAAACAGUACCCUGGACCCAAAGUAAAUUUUAUCUAGCUCGUGACUGGUCACUUUGAAGUUACUUUUAAUAGAUAGUUCUAAUAUAUUCUGUGGCUCUUGUCUGGCUCAAGCAAAUUAUGUUAUUUUUAUUUUUUUAUCCGUUAGUUACUUAUUUACUAACAAGGAAAGUAAUUACUUGAAAGCUGUGCUGUUUCAAGCUAAACCAAAAAUUUGAUAGUUUUUGUUAUCAAUUUAACUAGGAUGAGGAAUUCAAAGUGACUGACAAAGAACUUCUAACCAGGCCAACGGCAUCACUAGGAAAGACUCAAGCUUCUGCAAUGCCACUUUCAAUUGAAAACCUAGAGGAGUCAAACGAGGAUCCUUGUGACGUACAAGAGAACUUUUCUACCAAACAGCUGUUUUCAUUUGCCUGGCAAAUAGCUAAAGGAAUGGUAAUUAUCUUGUUUUCUGGAUAAUGUUGCUGGGAUUCUGAUACUGAGUAUAACUUGGAAAGAAGAAUUCAAGAGUCAAUAUUUUAUAACCAUGAAAUGGAUGGGAUAAAUAUAUUGGCUGUUUUUCUAGAUAUGAAUUUAAAAUGGCUUAUAUGGAAAAAAAAAUUCUUUUCGGUCGACCCAGUUUUAGCUAAAUUCGUUUCUUUAUGCAUCUAAACGUAAAUUUUUGGAUCAGAUCAGUGCCGAUAUUUACUUUUUAUUUGUAUUUUUUCCUCUAUACUUAACUACUUAGUGUUCGGCGUACCCCCGUUAUUAUGUUUUGAGAUCAUUUUAAUAGUUUUUUCGUUGCUUAUUUGUUAUUAGAAUCAUCUNUUAUCAAUUUAACUAGGAUGAGGAAUUCAAAGUGACUGACAAAGAACUUCUAACCAGGCCAACGGCAUCACUAGGAAAGACUCAAGCUUCUGCAAUGCCACUUUCAAUUGAAAACCUAGAGGAGUCAAACGAGGAUCCUUGUGACGUACAAGAGAACUUUUCUACCAAACAGCUGUUUUCAUUUGCCUGGCAAAUAGCUAAAGGAAUGGUAAUUAUCUUGUUUUCUGGAUAAUGUUGCUGGGAUUCUGAUACUGAGUAUAACUUGGAAAGAAGAAUUCAAGAGUCAAUAUUUUAUAACCAUGAAAUGGAUGGGAUAAAUAUAUUGGCUGUUUUUCUAGAUAUGAAUUUAAAAUGGCUUAUAUGGAAAAAAAAAUUCUUUUCGGUCGACCCAGUUUUAGCUAAAUUCGUUUCUUUAUGCAUCUAAACGUAAAUUUUUGGAUCAGAUCAGUGCCGAUAUUUACUUUUUAUUUGUAUUUUUUCCUCUAUACUUAACUACUUAGUGUUCGGCGUACCCCCGUUAUUAUGUUUUGAGAUCAUUUUAAUAGUUUUUUCGUUGCUUAUUUGUUAUUAGAAUCAUCUCGCCGAAAACAAUCUUGUUCACAGAGACCUUGCUACCCGUAAUGUUCUUGUUGGCCAUGACAACCAGAUCAAAGUGUCAGACUUUGGGUUGAUGAGACAAAUCUAUGAAGACGUGAGCAGCUCAGCGAAGUCCAGAAAACUUCCUGUGAAGUGGAUGGCCCCAGAAUCACUUUAUCAAGGGGUUUACACGACCAAAAGUGAUGUGUGAGUGAUGAUUUUUCCCGCUCCCUUGACAAGGGAACUAUUGAAACUUUUCUACUGAAUCAGUUCUCAAAACUGUAGUUGCCGUCAAAAAUUACAGAAGCAUAUAACUCUGAAGCGCCUAAAUCCCCGUAUUGUUUUAUAACCAUGCCAGGGUUUUUAGCCGUUCAAUUAGAAGCACGGAAAAUUGUUUGCCCAAAUAUGGAAUCCUAGUAUUGAAGGCAUCUCUAUCUAAAUAUAUAGCUGCUAAAAACGGACUCUUCCAGUCCUUAAAAGCUUUCCAAUUUCAUCCAAAACUCAAGAGUACACACAUUUUUGGGCUCCUCCGUGGGCAGUAAACAAUCUAAAUGCCGUGAAUCUGUACAUAAUUAUAACCUCUUUGGUUUUUCUUAUAGUUGGUCUUUUGGUGUUGUUCUCUGGGAAAUGGCUACUUUGGGUGAGUGGACAGUAAUUUUGUAGUUUAUAGUUGUUAUGUUAAAUUUGAGGUGACGACUGACAAAUCAAAAAAACAUUUUUCAUGGUCUAUGACUCUUAUAGACCGUACAAAUGAUGUCAAAAUGUUGAAAAACUCAUGCACGACCCGCAGGAUAAUGGUUUUACACUGCAAAGUUUUGAGCUCUGCAAGGGAAUUAAGGGAACCGUGCCUUAACCCACCUUCCCCGUUUUGCCAUGGUUGGAUGUGGCUUAUAACUGUUACGAUUGUUAUCAAGGUUACUGCUACCAGGAAGGGCGAAAACAAUGUUUUAUAAUGUUUCAUUUGCGGCAAGUUUGAAUUUUCUUGUUUGACCUGGGCUCUGUUUUAAUUAAGUGCUGUGAGUAGAUCUCCUAGAUGAUAACCGUAUGUGACAAUACAUAUUUUAAUAAUGUCAAAUUUAAACAUUUGCGAGCAUUUGAUGACUGAAAACGAGAAUCCUUAUUGUUAAUCACCCUGCCUUCUUUCAAUACACAUUUUACUGCACUGGCUAUAUAUCAGACCUCCAUUCAAUCAACCGUUUUUGCAAAAUGGCCUUAUUGAGUUUAUAUGAGGAGAAGUGACAAUCGACUGAGGCAUCUUUAAUAGAAAUUUAUCUAAUGGAAAAUUGCGUGUAUUCAAUUGCUGAUACGUAAUCAUUUGUUUUCUUUCUCGCAUCGUCAGGAGGCGUACCAUACCCCAUGCUGACCAACUCAGAGUUGUAUCGACUGCUCGAUACUGGUUAUCGCAUGGAAAGGCCUGACAUGUGCUCCGAUGACGUGUACGUUUCAUGAUUAGAGUGGUCUUAGAUUUAACAAACAGAUUCGAUUUUUCUGUGCGUCUGCUCAGUUACAUUUCACACCGAACGGUGCAGCAUACGAAUUCGUCAAAUAUUUUAACGCCUUCUUUGAUCAUAUUAAAUACUGGCCAGACGGACGGCAGGCGAAAACUUUUGAUGGGAUCCUCACUCUUUGAACGAGGAAACCCUCAGUCCAUUAGCUUUAUGGUCAAUAAAGGCAUCAUUAGUAGUAAUUAGGUUAAUCUCUUUCCUGGGGCCGGGGGGAGUACUCCCUGUACUGGGGAGGCACCCCCCAAAAGAAGCUAAAAGGGGUACCUCUCUCAGUCUUCUGGUAUAGGAAUUUUGCUAGUCGAAGUAUAUGAAAGGGUAGGGAAAUCUGUCAUUUCGGUCUGUAAAAUGACUUAAGAGGACCAGAUAAGAUUUUUUGGCUGUGAAAAAGUCGAGAAAAUUUUCUAGUUUGUUAUUUAUUCAUAUUUAAGAGAAAGUGCAUUUUUCAGCAAUUAAAGUUAAAGUUCCUUUCUGUCAAAAAUGAUACUCAAAAGAAUCAGGGGUAAGACCUCGGGGCAGAGCUUUACAUAAUAAUGGCUGGAUGAAGGAAUGGGGAAUCUCGUGAUAACCCAAACUUUCCAAGAGCCCAUUUUAAUGGGCUUCACGUGGAAGCUUCACCCAAAAGGAAUACCUUUUUAGGCCACAUGUAUGUGGAAAGGUAGGAAUUUCACGAGCUAAAAUGUUUGCAAUGGUAGGAAAUUUUGUAACUUCGGUAAUUUACAUUAAAAGAUAUUUUAAACAGAUGUACCUUUAUUUUAUGCUUAAUGUUAAGGGCUUAAUUGCUUAAAAAAUGAAGAGUCGUACCAUUUUUUAGGUAGGCAGGAGAGGAAUGUAUAUGAAAGGGGUACCAUUUCUGUCAAAAAUGCUGUAUAAAAGGGGUUGGACCUCAGGGUGGAGCCUCCCUGUAAACUCAUGAAGCUAAGAAGCCUAUAUAUUCUACUAAAAAAUUUUCUUUUAUUCCAAUAGACUUCUUUCAUUUGAAUGUUUUGUUUUGCCAAUAUAGGUCAUGUUUGACGGUCAAAUUCCCCUGGGACCUCUUUUGAGAAACCAAAACAUACAAGCUAUAAAGAGGUCUACUGACACUGUCUAAUAAUUGACUGAAGCUCUUCUAAGCAAUAAAUGGUUCUUUUUUUUUUCCUCCAUUCAUAACAGAUAUGAGCUGAUUAGUGAAUGUUGGAACGAAGACCCUUACUUUCGUCCCAGUUUCUACCUUUUGAUCGAAAAAAUGGAGGCGAUAAUGGAAAGGGAUGCACCAUAUUUGGAUGUAAACAAACACAAUGAAGCUCGUCCUUAUUACAACGUACCUCCUGAAGCUAGUGCUGAUUAG